AUGGUGGUGUUAUUCGGAUAUUUCAUUAAAACUUCUAAAGGUCACGUGAAUGUGAUAAUAAUAAGCUUCUAUCUCAUCGCAUAUAAACCAUGGUUUAACCUAAUUAAAUUGACAAGCAGUCCUUCGGAUAUGUCUCUGUCGCUGGUCUCAUGUGGAAUAAAACGAUCGGUUCCCAUAAUAAGAGUUUUCAAAAGGUUCAAUGCUAACUCAAAAAGUAGAUGGCUUAAUAGACAACAAAAUGAUCCUUACACUAGAGAGGCCAAGGUUCAGAACCUACGAUCUAGGGCAGCUUUCAAAUUGAUGGAAAUCGAUGAUAAAUUCAAACUUUUCAGCAAUGGCAAGAAUCAAAGGGUGCUAGAUCUAGGUUUUGCACCAGGUGCCUGGUCACAAGUGGCUUCUAGAAGAAUUGGCCCUAGUGGAAUGGUCCUCGGAGUAGAUAUAUUACCGUGUGAUCCACCUACUGGGGUAAGUUCCAUUCAGGCUAAUAUUUUGUCAAAAAAGACUCAUGAACUUAUAAGGCUCUAUUUCUCAAAACAUUUUAAGCUCAAUAGAAAUGAUGAUUUACACCAAGAUCAUGGUUAUUUUCAGCAUAUGAUUGAAGAAGUUACCCACCAGCAAGAUUACGAGACUUAUCGUGAAGUUUUCUCUGCAGAUUCCAAUGACAAGAUCGACAAAUUUCCAAUAGAUGUGAUUAUAAGUGAUAUGUAUGAACCGUGGCCUCAAAGUUCGGGUUUUUGGACGAACAUUACUAAUGCAGCUUAUAACAGGAUGGCAAAUACUACAGGUCUGGCAAUAAAAGAUCAUUACCAGUCAAUUGACCUUUGUGAUGCCGCUUUGGUCUCAGCGAUUGAUCUCUUACGACCACGCGGUCACUUCGUCUGCAAACUAUACACAGGAAAGGAGGAUAAAUUAUUCGAAAAGAGACUCAAGAAGGUCUUCAAACGCGUCAAUCGAUUCAAACCAGUGGCUUGCAGAGAUGAAUCCAAGGAAGUAUAUUUUAUUGGUAGAGAUAAGAGAGAAAUGAUUGAUAAAUUAGAAGUUUUCACGACGUAA